UAGACUGGCGCCAAGCAUAAAUGGUACGGUAGCGUCCCUCAAACUUUUGCUGUGUUCUUACGCAACAAAAGUACCAUUUCCAAUCUCAAGAACCUGUUUUGAGCUAUACGUUCGCCUUUCUCUCGCUACUCUGCAUCCUCCCCUAGUACACAAAGUGCCUUGUGGCUAAAUCCGGACCUUUACAUUAUUUACACGGUUGCUUGUAUUUCUGAAUGGUAUUUAUUGCAACAUUUCGGCACGUUUGCAUUGCUGCCUCAUCACUCCCAGCAGGUGCAUUGGUAAUAUGUGUUCUAUUAUGUUUGGCUACAAAUUCAUGCGUCCAGACUCAUUGCACGGAUGCCAAUUUUCUACCGUCCCUAAGCGCUGCUGUUGGCAGCAAUGAACCUCAAAAGACGAUAUGGAUCAUAUCGAUUCUUAUUAGUUCGGCUUGGAGGCUGUUGAUUCUAUUAAAUAGUUACAUAAAUUCCCGUAAAUUCAAUUCAUUCUCAGGCGGUCAUUUAUCCCUUUCCAAUUUGCCAUAUCUAUCAAGUUUUAUUGAAAUAUUUUCACUCAAUAUGCUUAGCAUUGUUUCUUCAUCUGAUAACUACAUUCAGCACCGCAAUUACUUCUGUGCCUUUGCUUUGUUCUCGGUGGUCUACAUGAUAACAGAUGUUUACGUAUUACAACUUAAGCUUAAAACAACUGAAAAUGCUUUUCUGAGUACCAUAUUACGAAAGAAGAUAUAUCUUAUGGGGUUGUACUUAAUUUGUUUGUUGAUUCUUGUACUGUGUUAUUGGAUUCACAUGACAUUUUGUCCUCCAUAUGCUUAUACUAUAUUUUCUGCAGUUGAAUAUGCUGCAAUAUUUGCAAACAUUUUUUAUCACUAUACAACCUCCAGUACAUUUGAAGAUAUAUCAGUGAGGAAAAUGAUCAUUUACUUUUCCACUGGUCGAACUAUUCCGUUCGUAAAUAUGAAGUCAGAACUACCAUUGUUGGAAGUAAAAUGAAUAAUUGUUUUUCAAAUAGAAUUUUGUUUAAUUCGCUAUCAUUCUUAUGUACGUGAGAUUAUACAACCCAUUAAAUUACAUAAAGCAUAUUUUGUUAACUGUAUAGUAACGUCGAUGAAAUACAAAAUUUCAUACAAUCUAA